AUGGCUCUAUGUGCGUGUUGUUCAAAAGUCUCUACAGCAGAUUCUCUUGUUUUAGGGGCUAUCCAGAUUAUGAUUGGCGUCUUUAGUGUUUUCAUGUGGCAUCUCCUAUUGAUUUUGUAUAUAGGACAAAUUAAAGGAGUCUUUGGGACAUAUGAACCUAUAACUUACAAAACAGGAUGUUCUGUAUGGGGAAUUAUUAAACUUGGGAGAGAAAUUUCACGUGUUUUACUGGGCCUCUACCCCUUGGAAUUGUGUAUUGCUUUCACAUACACGAUCUUCGGCUGUGUUGGUUUGGUAAGUUUUGAUGUAACCCUCUGGCAAAUCUAG